GUGGGGGGCUGGGUUAAGCCGGUGCAUCCACCUGGCCUGCGUUUCCUUUCUUUGGGCCUCUUCCUCCCGUCCUUCUUCCUUCCGCCCCUUCUUAGUCUUCUCGCUUUCUUUCCUUACCUUUUCUCAUCUGCCUGCCUGUUAUUUUGACCUUGCCGCUCCGUGACUCUGUUGUUGUAUUUCCCUCAUUUAUCCCCCCGACUCCACACAGCCUUCGUCUAAUUCGGUGCUCCUCACAGCACACCUUCCAGGGACUUUUUAGCUCCUGCUUUCCCCCUAACUACUGCUUACAUUUCACCCCAUAAUCCUCACGCUAAUUUAUUUGAUGCAGAAAACCUGCAGCCCUGUUUCAUAAGUGUUGUAGCAGGCCUAAAGCAGGCACUUUUAAAAGGCUCAUUAUGGCUUUAUGGCUGGCCCUUGUCUGGAAGAUGCUACGUGUCCCCGUUUUUUUCCUGAUCGUGCAGCCACGGAUGGAUGUCACAGAAAUGUCGGGGGGGUCUAGCAGUCUGCCUUCCUGUCAGCAAGAAGAUAGCUGUGCUGGUGAUUCUGGGCUCCCCAAGUCCACCCAUCCAAUCACACCAUCACCUCCUUUAUUAGGGAGAUCUCAGUUGCAGCCCAUUGCACCUUUGAAUAGGGAGGUCAGAGAAAGCAGUAGGAUUCAGGUGUCUGUAAUUCUACCAGUUUACAAUGCUGAGUGCUGGCUGGAAGAAUGUUUGAAGUCUGUUCUAGAACAAGACUUCCAAGGUUCUAUUGAGCUCUCCAUUUUUAAUGAUGCUAGUACGGACAAUUCACUAAACAUAAUUAAAAAAUGGAAGGUAUUGUUGGAAAAAGUAGGCAUUCAAGUACUACUUGGAGGAAGCGGUUCAUCUCAACCAUGUGGAGUGGGCUUUGCUAAAAAUCGGGCAGUAGAGCAGAGCUCCGGGACCUACCUCUGUUUUCUGGAUUCUGAUGAUGUGAUGAUGCCCCAGAGAAUAAGGCUGCAGUGGGACGCUAAUCUUCAGCAUCCAAAAAGUAUUAUAGGUUGCCAAAUUAAGAGAGAGCCAGCAGAGGCAACUGAGCGAUAUACAAGGUGGAUCAAUAAUUUAACACAAGAACAACUUCUUACUCAGGUUUUUACUUCCCAUGGUCCUACUGUAAUUAUGCCAACUUGGUUCUGUUCUCGAGAAUGGUUUUAUCAUGUGGGCAGAUUUGAUGAAGGGGGAAAGGGCAUCCCAGAAGACCUGCUGUUCUUUUAUGAACAUCUUCGAAAAGGUGGAGGAGUCUUCCGAGUUGACCAGUGCCUCCUCCUCUACCGUUACCAUCCACAGGCAGCCACUAAUUCAAUUCUAGAGGGAACCAUCUGGAUGCACCGUGUCUUAUUUGUAGAAGAGCAAAUUCUCAGUCACUGGACAUACUUCACCAUUUGGAAUGCUGGCAAGCAGGGCAGGAAGUUCUUUAGAAGUUUGUGUCUGGCUAAUCAGAGAAAAGUGACUGCAUUUUGUGAUGUGGAUAAAAAGAAAAUCACAAAAGGAUUUUACACUUACGAAGAAUCGAAGGAAAACCCCAAACCCAAGAUCCCCAUCUUGCAUUUCAGGGAUGCAUCUCCACCUUUCAUUAUUUGUGUGAAACUGGAUCUGACAGGUGGACAGUUUGAAGAAAACUUGAACCUCUUGAAACUGAAGGAAGGAGUGAAUUAUCAUCAUUUUAACUGAAGUGAGCAGUAUAUGACAGGAUCCUGCUCUAUUGUGAAACAGACUAGAGGACAUUCUCUUGCUACAUCCAGUAGUAAUGGCAGCAGUACUAUAUCAUUUCUGCUUUACUCCUGCAUUCCUCCCUCAAAAUAAAUAGCAAUACAUUCAGAGGUUAAAUUCUGCUUUUCCAGUUUUCCAAAAAGCAACACACGUACGUUAUCAAUCUGCAGCAGAUUGAUAAUGACGCUUAGGCUACCCUCAUGCUCAUGUCUCCAAAUUCUGUCUUGCCUAAUAAUGUGUGAAAGGGUACCUGUAGAGUGGGGCACAUUUCAAGAAUACCUUGGCCUCCUUACAUGUCUAAGGCUAAGAAUAAUAGGGCCAGAUUCUGCUAGUGGCAUAUUAUCACCUGUGCCUCAAGGAAGAAGCCCAGCCAGCCCUCUACCUUGGGUCGGAUGUCCACUGAGAGUGCCUUUGAUGGACAUUCUACAGAAUUAAAGCCAGCUGCGACUCCCACCUCCCCCACUAGCUUUGCAAAAAAUAAACACAUUCUUUCAACUUGAACCACUCAAAACAGCUGGUAUCCUAGAGAACAGAGCCAGUUUUCCUUUCAUUAUCUUCCGUGGCAAAAUGCAUCCUGGUUGGUUUCAGAAAGUGCUCCCUGACAGCCCUUCAGUGAGUCAAGGAGUGCUGAUGGCCUGGUGGUUUUCUCGGCAUUGGCAGGAACAGCUGAGCUCUCUGUCAAGUAAAUUCUGUUUUACUUUGUGGCGUAAGCGGCUCAUAUGCUGGGAUUAAAGCGGCCUCACAUGAUAGCAUUUUGAGACGGGCUGAAAGUCCAACAUGAGAAGAACAAUUUUUAAACUGGAAAUAUAGCUUAUAGAAAGAUGUUUGAAAUCCAUCUCCAUUAUGCUUUUGCCAGCAUGAUCAGUGGCUUAAUUAAUCGUUUACAAUAUUCUCCUCUUCCCUUGUGUUAAGGUCAGCUGUGAUGGUAUGAACUUAGUAGUGUCUCGUCUUCAUCAGAAAGUUGUAGCUACAUGUUAAGAUCCUUUUGCUAAAAUAAGACCUUUUCAGAAAAAGAAUAUCAUCCUACUAAGACCCCUGCAUUUCUAAAGCCAACAAAGGAAAAGGAAAGAUCUUUUUUGUCCAGGCAUCAUUUAUAAGGUGCUGUUUGCAGCAUCCUACUGUCCUUCUUGAUGCAAUGUUAAUGCUGUAGAUUGUAUUAUGCGGCUUUAGAAUCCUGCACACCUUUUAACUGAUUAUAUUUUAUGUUUGAUUUUUUUUUAUUCCUGCAGGACAGCACAACAGUGUACCAGUAUUAUAAAUUAAAAAAAUACUGCCAGCAGCUGAACAGCCACAGAGGAUAAGCCUACGGCCAGGCAUAGAGCUUUCAUACCAAGGGGAUGGGGAAGCAAGGAGAGGGAGUAGUUUUACUUCCUGUUUAUAAAGGUGACAUGCUUUCAGUUUUCCAACUGAAAUCACACAAUGAAUAUAGGUUGUGAUCCUAUUGUUUUAGUGCCCUUCACAUAUGCCAAGAACAUUAACAGUCCCUUUCCUGAACAGGACAGUCACUUUGCCCAGCAGACAUACCAACAUUCAACACAUUCCCCCGCCACCACCCCCCACUCUUCCAAAGAGCAAAGGCACCACCCUUCUUAUAAUUAGAAUUGUGGACUGGCUCUUCUUCCACAGCAGUGGGCUACACGAGACAUAAUUUGAUUUGACAGGGUAGCUUUCUCUAGUGAGUACAAAUUACUUUGCCAGUGCAUUAAAUGUCAUUUUAAACAAAGGCAAACAGCUGAGGAAGAUGGGCUAUACAAGCAAUGUUGAUAGUUUGAUCUUGGCAGUAGAUACUUUAAUUUAAUUUUGAGAAAGAAACACAAAACAUCGGCAUUCAUACUAAAUUUGAAAGACAAGAGAAAAUCAUGUGGCCAAACUGCCACCUUGUGGUUACAGAGUAAGGAGGGAGCACUAGUAAACUUAACAAAAACAAAGUUUGACUGAAACAGAACUCCUAAUACAUACUGAGCUUUCAAGCAGUUAUGUACUCUGUUAGAUUUCCUUUUUAACUUGUUCAUACACUGUAGUUGCUCAGGUAGUGGAGCCAAAAGCUGCUGCUUCUUUCCAGGUCCCAAGAAUUUUUCUUUCUAGUGUUAAUGUGUUUCCAGUUAUGUGUUCUGCAGCAAAGAAGCAAAGGAAUUGAUUUCAUGACACAUUUAAGAAUUAAUUCAAGACAACAGAAACAACACUUAGCUGUAGGAUUUAUUGCAUAAUCCCUUAAUUUGCCUGCAUCUAGAAUUCAGAUGUAUAACUAAGUGCCUUAUGUAAAGAUGCAUUUUGUAGUGAUAGCAUUGUAGAAAUGAUCUGUUAUGCUCCGGAGCUGUGAACAUACUGUUGCAUUUAUGGAUAACCAGUGCCUUGUGCACAGCCUUCCACAAUAGGGAUAUCACAGGGGAAUGUGCAAAGAUUGCAAAGAUUAUGCUUAUGGAACUAGAUGCAGCGUGUGUCCCCUCAAGUAGCAAUCUGUUGUGUAUCUGGAACAGCAGACAUUCAUUUCAGUGAACUGCCGCUUCUUAAAAUGUUCUUUAAGCCAUUAACUGUAACCACUUUUUCCCUCAUAGUGCAACAUGAACUACAUUCAUAAAUACAGGUUUAUUUUCUGGAUGUGACUAUAAGCUUUUCCUUCAAAAAGGUGACUCAAGAACAAGGAAAUAAAAGAUACACACUUCAAA